AAACGCCACACCCCCGUCUACAAAACCAGCCGACGGCCGGAGCUCGGGCACUCGCAGCGCGCUCCCGCAGAGCCGGCUCUCUGCGGCUGGUCCAUGGUUCUCCUCCAUGGUUCUGCUCCGGCACAUCUCCGUCGCUCUGACCGCCGCCGUGGCCGCCCUGGGCUCCGCGCUCUUCAUCGCCCUCAGCUACCUGUACCGGCGGAGGGUCUGGUCCCCGCACUCGGAGUACUGCACCAUCAAAGAGGAGGAAGUGGAGCGCGGGAAGCGCCAGGUCCUGGUUCUGGGUCUGGACGGAGCCGGGAAGAGCAGCAUGUUGCAGGGCCUGGCCCCGGGGCAGCCGGCCACGAAGAGAGGCCGAUGCCGGCCCACCCGCGGCUUCAACUUCAUGAGCCUCAACGCCCCGGCCUGUCAGCUCGACUUUCUGGAGAUCGGUGGCGGUGAGGAUCUGCGGCGCUACUGGCUGGACUACCUGAGGAGGACUCACGUCCUGGUGUACGUGGUGGACUCUUCGGACCGGACGCGCCUGCCGAUGGCCAAGGCCGAGCUGCACCGUCUCCUGAAGCUGGAGCCACGGCUGCCCGUGGUCGUCCUGGGAAACAAGCAGGACAAGCCGAACGCCGUGAGCGUGUCGGAGCUGCAUGACGCCUUGUCCCUGGACGCCCUGACGGAGGACAGGAAGUUGUUCCUCCUGGCCGCGCAGCUGGACGCUGACGGAGCUCUGCGGAGGUCCAGCCACGGCGUGGACACCGUCCAGGACGUCCUGCUCCAGCUCGUCUGACCUCUUCCCAGAGAGCAGAGCUGCAGGAGACGGAUGGAGACCAUCCUCCUCUUUCUCCGGCCUAUUUGAGGCAGAGGAGGAGGUGAUGACAAAGCCUGGAGGAAGAGAGCCAAAAAAAAAAUAAGAGAGAGAUGAAAAGAUGCCAGAAUGGAGCGCGUGGACUCAUCUCGUCUUACUCACCGGAGAAGAGGAGGAUGAGAGCAGACGGUGGGACAGCAGGACGCUCCACUUAAACGUUCAUCUCCUGUCAGCGACUCCUAACUGUGUCCAAACGUCAACCAGCUACACCUUUAUUUAAGCAUGUUGUUCAUACUUCACAUAACACCCUGUAAGCAGUACUCGAGUUGUAAAAAGAAAUCAGGGGGGAUGGUGGAUUUUAUCAUAUGGGGACAGAUAAUUUGUGCUGAUUACAAAUAAUAUAAUAUAUUACAAAUAAUAGCAGUGACCAAAACACCUGCAGAAAUACUGCAGGAAUGACAUAGCAGCAGUUAAAUGCAGCCUUCUGUAAGCUUUAAAUAUCCACUGGGCUUACAUCAAAUACAUCAAAACACAACAAUAAAAAACAGUUUUCUGAACUUGUCAAUAUGACUCUGUCCUUCACAGGAUAAGUAAAAUGGAUCACUGCAAAAACUCAAAAUCUUAACAAGAAUAUUUGUCUUAUUUCUAGUUAAAAUGUCUCAUUUUAGUAAAAAAAAAUCUCAUUACACUUAAAACAAGACUCAUCACUGGAAAAAACAACAAUU